GCGGCAGGUCCCCAGUUCUACAGCGUCGCAUUACUGGCAUUCCCAUCAUGUGAGUGAUACACACACCCUCUACAAAGGUAAGGCCGGGGCGUUCCUCCGCCAGGUUGAAAUUUGAGGGGCUUGGUACAGCUUUAGCUUUGGAAGCAUAAGAUCAGCUAGCGAGGCCUCCAUGGACAUCGAUCUCAACGUUCCAGCGGAUGAUGUCCCGGAAGAGCCGGUGCCGACGUGGGGAGAAUGCCCGCAGCUGUACCUCUCGUACGGCAUCGCCACUCGCAACGACCGGCUCCCGUUCCUGAAGGACGCCAUCGCCGCCGUGAAGUCGUUCAUGGUGCUGUCCCCGCCGCUGGGACUCGAUUUUUUCGGGGUCUUCGACGGGAUCUUGGGCGCCAAGUUCGUGGAGCACAUGGAAGAGCGGCUGCACGUCGCCAUCGCCAAGCAGAUAGAGCGGGACCUGCGCGCCGACUCCCCGCGGGCUCGGGACAACAUCGAGGGCUGGUGGAGGGUGAUCAUUGAGGACGCUUUCCGCGUGGUGGACAACGAGGUGGUCGCUGGUGGCCGUGGUGGCAUCGAUGCUCCUGCGCGCAUCGCCUCCGGGGCUCUCGUCGUGCUGGUUCUCGGAGACUACUUCGUGGUCGCCAACCGCGGCGCUUCUAGGGCCGCGAUCUACCGCGGCCUUGAGGCUGUGUCGCUCACCCCCGAGCACGCGCCUAUGCCACAAAAUGCAGGAGGUGAUGUGGUUGGAUCUACCAGCAGAGUUGAAGACGUUAUGCCUCCUCACGCUUUUUUUGGUAGCUCAAAGAUUAUGGCUACUGCCCCAGAACCUGAGGUCGUCGCGGUGAAGCGGAAGCCAUGGGACAAGUUCCUGAUCCUGGCCACCCGCGGGCUCUGGGACGUCGUCACUCCAGGCGAUGUGUGCACCUUCAUCGAGAAAAGAUUGAGCGCGUACAUACCGCGGAUCAUCAUGUCGUCGGACAAGAAGCCAACGAACAGCAGCGGCCCUCCCUGUGCCAACAUACUCGCCAAUGAGUUGGCCGCACAUGCGAUCAGCAAGGGCACCAAGCACAACGUGAACAUCGUCGUCAUACUACUCAAGAAUUUCUGGGACCAGAGUCUUCCCUCAAGUUCUAAGAAGUGAUUUUGGUUUUCCAUGCUCGUAGUCGGUCUUAUCAUUUUGCAAUUGUGGUAUGAAAACUUUGUUGCUAUCUUAAUGAUUGCUAAGGCGGACUUUGGAAUAAGUUUGUUGUGAUUUCUGGUAGCGAUUUCAAGAUGGAUCAUCGUUAAGACAACCUAUGUCUUACUUUUUAAGAGACAAUAUUCUAUCCGAGAAUUGAAGUAUUUGGUUUUUAAUUUCUUGUGGUUUUGGACUGAUA